UACGGUGUGUUGGAUACUGGAUACAAACCAGACCUGACGGUCGAUGAAGCCAUUGAGUUGGGCACUCGAGCCAUUUACCAUGCCACUCAUCGUGAUGCCGCUUCUGGAGGUAUCAACAACUUGUACCACAUGACAAAGGAUGGAUGGAAGUUCAUUCAUGCCGUGGAUGUCAAUGAUUUGCAUUACAAGUACGCGGAGGAAAAGAAGAAUGCCAUGGCAACCUAA